AUGCAAAUUUUCGUCAAGACCUUAACUGGUAAGACUAUUACUUUGGAAGUCGAAUCCUCCGACACCAUUGACAAUGUCAAAUCCAAGAUCCAAGAUAAGGAAGGUAUCCCACCUGACCAACAAAGAUUGAUCUUUGCUGGUAAGCAAUUAGAAGAUGGUAGAACUUUAUCUGACUACAACAUCCAAAAGGAAUCCACUUUACAUUUGGUCCUAAGAUUGAGAGGUGGUGGUAAGAAGAGAAAGAAGAAGGUUUACACCACCCCAAAGAAGAUCAAGCACAAGCACAAGAAGGUUAAGUUAGCCGUCUUGUCUUACUACAAGGUCGACGCUGAAGGUAAGGUUACCAAGUUGAGAAGAGAAUGUUCUAACCCAACUUGUGGUGCCGGUGUUUUCUUAGCUAACCACCAAGACAGAUACUACUGUGGUAAGUGUCACUCUGUCUACAAGACCAGCGCUUAA